AUGGGGAUGGGAGUUAAAACGCCAGGGGAGCUGGGUCGUAUUGCCGGCGUAAUUCUCGGCGAAACAGGCGAACGAGAAUCAAGGCCAUCCGACUCCAAAUUCGAGUCACGGCGCAGGAAAACUGCGCAGAAACAAAGUCUCUCGGGCGAGAUAACGCAUGAUGCCUCCGCCACGGCCGGUCAGGCGGUGAUAACCGCACUGCUCACUGGUCACACUGAGUGUAUCACCGCUUCUCGCACGACUGACCGGUUGUUGCGCAAUCCAAUGUGGCCAGCCCCACCCGGAUUCGCUCCUGGAACAUCCUGGGCCGCUUUCCGUCGGCCGUCACAUUCUGUCGUCUUGGCUGGGAAUGAAGGAGGGCCGCAAGGCGUAGAGGAGUCGGGGGGAAGUUUGGUCCAAAGAGGGAAGACAAAACCAGCGUUGCUGGUGAUGGAGGAAGAGAGCGACCUUAUAUUCAAAUGCGCAGAUGACGGGAUUGGGUGGUCUUGGCGCAAUUGCGUGAUCGCCUUGGGGAAUGAGGUGAUGCUCUCUCCGGCCUGA